UCACACAUUAAUUAUAAUCGUUUUCWUCUUAAUGUAUACAUGUAGGCAUCAUGUACAAUUCACUCAUGUUAUAACAUCCUUUUAGAUAACAUGCUAUGACUGGGAAAUGAGCCAUGUGCCUAAUGGCAUACGUCAAUGACUGCUAUUGAGGAAUUAAACAUUCCAUUAUUACGCAAAUUAACAUGUAAUAGAAAUAAACUUCACGUCAUUUCCCAAGUUAGUGAUAAAUUAUAGAAUGUUAGUCACACAUAGGGUAUUUGUUACUAUCUUUGAUAUCCAACUAUGAACUGAGUUCAACAUGGUGUCAAUAAUAGUGAAUUAUAACAUUCACCAAAAUAGUUCGGGUCGUCCUAUUUAGCCAUGGAUGACUCACUGGUGCUUAAGAAACGGGGCUAUACAUUGGGCAUCAGUUUAGGCGAGGGGUCAUACGCCAAAGUAAAAUCCGCUUAUUCCGAGCGUCUGAAGACCAAUGUGGCAAUCAAAAUUAUUAACAGAAAAAGGGCGCCGCCGGAUUUUUUGGAGAAGUUCUUGCCCCGGGAACUGGACAUUCUUGCAUCCCUAAACCACCGCAACAUCGUCAAGACAUUCGAAAUCUUCGAGACUUCAGAAGGCAAGGUGUACAUGAUUAUGGAGCUUGGUGUGCAAAGGGACCUACUGGAGUUCAUCAAAUUCAGGGGUGCCUUGCCCGAAGAWUUCACCAGAACACUGUUCAAACAGCUGUCACUUGCAAUAAAAUUCGCACACGCCCUAGAUGUUGUUCAUAGAGACUUGAAAUGUGAAAACCUGCUAUUGGACCAAAACUUUAACCUCAAAGUGUCAGACUUUGGUUUCGCCAGGUGGAUCAAAUAUGAUGAGGAUGGACAAAUGAUUCUCAGCAAAACGUUCUGUGGCUCUGCAGCCUAUGCAUCACCAGAGGUAUUACAGGGGGUCCCAUACAACCCCAAAGUGUAUGACGUUUGGAGUAUGGGGGGGUCAUUCAAUUCAUUAUGCUCUGUAGCAAUGCCCUAUGAUGACUCCAAUAUCAAGAAGAUGCUGAAGAUUCAGAAGGAGCAUCACAUUGAUUUCCCACGCAGCAAAGCUGUCCUGACAGAGUACAAAGACUUGAUAUAUCACAUGCAUAACCCCGAUGUGGCCCAGAGGGUAGAGAUUGACAAUAUCCUUGAGCAUGUAUGGGUGCAGUCCAAAUCACAUGGUAGUAUGAGACGGGAAGAUGGGCCUUCCACAUCGGAAGCAGCUUGCUCCAAAAAGGAAAGGAAGGGUGAAAGUAGUAAGAAUCCUCAUGGCAAUGAGAACAAGAAAGGGGUGAAAGCAGAGGCUGAGGCCAAAUCAGAUCCAAAACCUUCAGUGUAGAGCAAAGAGGCAGCUGGAACA